AUCUAUGACAUAUGUGUUCUGAAUUUUCCAAUAAGUAUUGAACGCAUAAUUGUUUGAAUGUUUGCAUUGCUUGUUUUACUGCAUCAGUAAUUUACUUCGCUCCUAGUUAUACUUCAUUUGACUGUUAAACAUGAGUGGAGACGCUGGCAAAAUUUUGGAGGAUAUCGAUGGGUUUGAUAAGCAGAAGUUGAAACACGUCGAGACGGAAGAAAAGGUGGUUUUACCAAACAAAGAAGUUAUUGAAAAGGAGAAAACUGAAAAGCAGUUGAUGCAAGAAAUCGAAACUCCACAUCCUUUAAAACCUACCGAAACGAAAGAAAAGAAUCCUCUACCCACUAAAGAAGAUAUUGCAGCAGAGAAAGCUACCAAGUAAACACUAGCUUUUGCUUUUCAAUGUCUGCGCCUUUUCGUAUCUGAACGCUUAAUAUUUGGCCGUCAAGCUUUUUUGUAUUCAAGUCCUUACAUAGGGAAGGAUUAAAUCUUGGUGUCCGUUCCAUCCUAUUUGUAUUUUACCAUAAAUUUCUAUGUCGAGAUGAAUCAUUUUAAAUAAAGUCAUUUCCAUUCACA